UUGUCAGUUACAACAAAAUGGCUGCAGUAGCAGCACCGUUACUGAUAAUUAACUGACGGCGAGAGCGACGAGCUCAACUUUUCCCUUUCUCCAGCCCCCUCCCCUCUCCGACCACCCCACUCUGACGUUGUUUUGUCUACUGUUGGAUAUUUCCUCCCCCCACCUUCUAUUUGCACUUUAAAUUGAUGAGAGACCCCGAGUUUAAAGCUGCCAAAGAGCCUCAGGAAGAAAUUAAAAGUGAGAAAGAACAAGAAACUAAAGGAGAGGACCGUUUGAUGGAAGAAAAGAAAAAGAAAAAGCAAGAAGAGAAGAAAAAGAAGGAAGCUGCUCAAAAAAAGGCUGCUGAACAUAAAACCAAAGUGCCAGAACCUACCAAGACUAGUCAAAGCCAGCCACAGCCUGCCAAUUCCUGCAACAGCACUUCCACGACCACCAUUACUAACAGUAGUGGAAACAAUGGCAAGCGAGCUUCUAUCAAUUGUCAGCAACAGGCCUUGUCCCGCUACCCACCUCGCGAAGUGCCGCCACGCUUCCGGCAUCAAGAACAGAAACAGCUAUUGAAGAGGGGUCAGCCACUACCACCUGGGACUGUCAUCAGCAAUAGUUUAGCACAAGUUACAGGGCAAGCGGCAGCAAAUCCUUCUCAGCACAGUGUUCAACAGGCAUCAGGUGGACAACAGCAACUCCAGCAUCCUAGCAAAGGACAGACAGAUCUUAGCCACAGUGGUCUGGGAACGCAAUAUGAAAAUUCCCACUGGGGACAGCCCCCCUUUCGGAGUGAACCAAACAGCAUCUGGGAUAAAGUGAUAAUAGACGGAAGUGACAAAGAGGCUUGGCCUUCCAUUUCUGGAAACGAGACUGAAACUGCCUCAGAAUGCACAGACACUGACUCUGCCUCAAAUUGUGGCUCAGAUAAUAAUAGCAUGGCUACAGGGAGUGCACCAGGCAACUUCAAUGGACAAAACAAAAAUUGCAAUAAUGGUGGCAAUGGAGCAGUUGUCCAAAGCAGUUCAAACCAGAGUGCCAUUGGAUGCGGUGCAAAUGGUGGAAAUGGAAAUUCAUCCAGGGUGUGGGCUGUUGCCCCAGGGUCUGCCCCUGGUGUAGGGCACUGCUCUGCUCCCAGUGGAAAUGGAAAGAUUGAUAGUAUCGUAAGUGUAAAUCCAAACUGUUGGGGCACUUCUACACCUACUGCUGGUAUUAAUCUGAAUCUUAAUCCUAAUGCCAAUCCAGCUGCUUGGCCUGUAGUUGGCCAGGAAAUUCAAGGAACUGUUGGAGGAGGAAGCACUUCAAAUAUUUGUAGUCCAAGUAAUCCCAUUGAUCAGAAUUAUGGUAACCCUAAUAAUGGUCCAGCAGGUACAUUGAAUACCUGGGGAAAUUUGCUGCAGCCAGAGAGCACAGAUACACAAACGUCCACUUCACAGAAUGUGUCUUUCAGCAUACAACCUCAGAACCUUAACACUGAUGGACCAAAUAACACUAACCCCAUAAACUCUUCACCAAAUCCUAUCAAUGCAAUGCAAGCAAAUGGAUUGCCUAACGUUUCUGUACCAGGAGGCUGGGCAAUGACCGUAGGCAUGGGUACAAUAAACCCAUCUCAUCUUCAAAACCUUUCUGGUGGUGGUGGGUCAUCUGCAGUUUCUCAACUCAGCGGGCGCAAUGGCGAAGGAAUGAAUAGUCCUUCAUGCAACUCAGUGUGGGGAGUGCCACAUACUAAUCCUACAACCACCAACAGUAACUCUGCAUUUAGUCAGGGGAAUGGAGACACUGUGAAUUCUGCAUUAAGUUUAAGUGCUAAACAGACAUUAGCAAACAAUUCCAAUAACGCUGUGCAAAAGGAUGUUGGAAACAAUGCUUGGGACUCUGGUCCCCCAACCAGUCCUAGAGUACUGCCAUGGACAAGGGCUGGUACCAUUGGGGGCUUGCACUCUGGUCCCAGUAGCAUUGGAGCUUGGGGUAAUACACCAUCUAAUAGGAACACUAGCAAUGGUGUAAAUGGAGAAUGGGGCAAACUCUCUAACCAGCAUUCCAGUAAUGAAGCAAAUGGAAAUGGGAAAGGGUGGGAGGGUCUUUGUGUUAACAGCCAAACUCCUGCUUUGCAGCAAGGUAAUGAACAAAUUAACUCUUUGGCCAAACCUUCUGAUUCAGGUACCACUGGUAGUGAGGGAAGUAAUGAAAGUGCUGGCAGCCAACAUGAAGGAAGCACCAGCAGAAGUGGAGGAAGGCAUAGUAGUAGCCGACGAAAGGCUGAUAAAGUGAUGAAUGAACAGCAAGGGCUGGUCCAGAGUGUUAUGUCAAAGCCAGAUCAUGACCCUAGAGUCUUGUGUAAUUCUGGAUGGGGACAGACACCAGUAAAGCAAAAUAUUUCCUGGGAAAUUCAAGAAUCCCCUAGGUCUGAGCGAAAAAAUGACAAUGGAACUGAGGCCUGGGGUUCUGCUGCUGCCCAGUCUUCAAACUCAGGGGCGAGAAGUGAUGGGUCCAGCAUAAGCAGUACGAAUACCUCUUUAGUAUCUGGUUGGGGAAAUCUUCCACCAACAGUUAUGUCUGAUAACGCAGGUUGGGGAGACAAAGUGUCUAAUAGCCAGGGGGGAUGGGGAGAUUCUGCUAAUUCUACUGCUGCUGCUGCCAAAAGUGGCCAUGCCUGGGGUGGGGUUUCUAAUCAGGAGGAGAAACCACCAUCCUGGGCAGACUCUCAGAAACCCAAGUCUCAAAAUUGGGGUGAAGGACAGAAAACCAAUCAAGGAUGGACAUCAGGAGGAGUGGGAGUAGUAGGGAGUGGUGGAGGAGAUUGGACUGAUACUGCUGCAGGACCUUUAAGUGAGGCAAAAAAAAAUGGAUCUAGUUGGGAGAAUGAAAACAGCCAUACUGGACCCAAUUGGAAUGAGACAACCAGAUCACAGGCUAGUGGAUGGAAUAGUGGUACCAACAGCAAACCAAGUUCAAAUACAGGCUGGGGAGAGCCUUCAAAAUCAAAUGCACCACAGAACUGGGGAAAUAAACUUCAGGAUAAUAAUCUUAGCAACUGGGGAGGAGCUGCUUCUGUUAAACAGUCUAAUUCGGGUUGGGUUGGUGGAUCUUUGCCUACAAAACAGAAGGACAGCGAACCCACUGGCUGGGAAGAACCUUCCCCACCAUCUAUUCGCCGCAAAAUAGAGAUUGAUGAUGGUACCUCUGCUUGGGGAGACCCAACCAAUUAUAAGAAGACUGUAAACAUGUGGGAUAGAAACAAUCCUGUGAAUCAAAGUAGUAGCAACGCUGUGGCUGAACAACCACCUCAGCCCCAUCAGUCAAGUGCCACGCAAAACCGGUCCCCCCUACUUGGUCCAGGCUGGGGAGAAACACUCAGUGUUCCUACAAAGACUGAUAACUCUUGGGGUGAGCCGCCACUUCCAUCUACCACGGUCGAUAAUGGAACUUCAGCAUGGGGCAAACCUCCCAAUGGCAGCUCAACUUGGGCAGACAAUACUGCAGAGUCACCGGGGAAUUUUGGUAGAGGGAAUGCUUCAGCUGCUGUCCCGACAAUGUGCAAACCAGCCUCAAAAUCUAUGCAAGAAGGUUGGGUCAGCGGUGGAGAUGAAAUCGGCCUGACUAGUAGCCAUCAUCCUAACUGGGAAGAGGACGAUGGGGAGAUGGGAAUGUGGAAUAACGCGGCUUCUCAGGAGAGCAACUCUUCCUGCAAUUCAUCAGGCUGGGGGAAUGCCAACAAGAAAGUGCAUCCAAAGGGCAUGAAAGCAUCAAAUAAACAAGAGGAGACUUGGCUUAUGAACCGCCUGAUUAAACAGUUGACUGAUAUGGGCUUCCCUAGGGAACCAGCAGAAGAGGCUCUGAAAAGUAAUAACCUGAAUUUAGAUCAAGCUAUGGGUACACUGUUAGAAAAAAAAGUGGAGAUGGACAAACGUGGAAUGGGAAUGUCAGAUUACAAUGGAAUAGUUUCUAAACCACUUGGCUGCCGACCACCUUCUAUCCCCAAAGAGUCUUCCAUGGAUCGGCCCACCUUUUUUGACAAGCUCACCCUAUCCUUCUCUAAUCAGGAUGGCGGCCUAGUGGAAGAGUCCCCUACUUCACCAUUUUUGCCUUCACCAAGCCUGAAGCUUGCCCUUUCAAAUAGUGCACACCCUAAUCAGGCCCUUGGUGCCAUUGCCUCGGGGCUGGGCAUGCAAAACUUGAAUUCUUCUAGACAGAGUGGCAAUCUAGGUAUGUUUGGCAAUAGUGGAGCAGCACAAGCCAGGACCAUGCAGCAGCAACAGCAGCCGCCAGUGCAACCUCUUAACUCAUCCCAGCCUAGUCUUCGUGCUCAAGUGCCUCAGUUUCUAUCCCCUCAGGUUCAAGCACAGCUCUUGCAGUUUGCAGCAAAAAACAUGGGUCUCAACCCUGCACUAUUAGCCUCGCCAAUUAAUCCUCAACAUAUGACUAUGUUAAACCAACUCUAUCAGCUGCAGCUGGCCUACCAGCGUUUACUCUUCCAGCAGCAGAUGUUACAGGCCCAACGUAAUGUUUCUGGAACCAUUCGACAACAAGAGCAGCAAGUUGCACGUACAAUCAACAACAUGCAGCAGCAGAUCCAACAACACCAGCGGCAGCUGACCCAGGCCUUGCUUAUGAAACAGCAACCUCCACAUCCACCAUUGCACCCAUCUGCAGGCAAAGUAACCAUUGAUAAUCUGAGUCAUCACCCAUCUCCCAGCCUUUCAGACCUGCAGACCAAAGAGCAGCAAACAUCACCCAAUUCUUUCCCUGCAUAUUCCUUGGCUGGAUUGAUCCCGAAUAUGAAUGUAAGCAACAUGGAGCUAAGUGGUGGUAUAUCCAUGAAGGAUUCAGCUCAAGCUCAAUCUCGAUUGAGGCAGUGGACCCACCCAAACUCGAUAGAAAAUUUAAGCAGUAAUUCUUUACCGCUGGACCAGAGCCAGAGCAAGCAUGGUGCUAUCCCUGGAGGUCUCAAUAUUGGUCCAACAAGCAAGCCCUCCCUUGAGGACUCCUACAGUCCAUAUGAUCUGAUAACCAGCAGUGAGUCACCAGCCAGUCCUCCGGUACCAGUCAGUGAUAGCUGGACACGUGCCAAAUCCCCUGCCGAUAAGAUCUCAAAUGGCUCCAACAUUAACUGGCCACCAGAGUUUCGUCCUGGAGAGCCAUGGAAAGGACUACAGAAUAUCGACCCUGAGACUGAUCCUAAUGUUACACCUGGAAGUGUCCCCAGUGGACCUUCCAUUAAUACUACUAUCCGGGAUGUGGAUCGUUACCUGCUCAGGGACAGGAGUGGAGGGUCAUCCCCAACAUCAUCUCAGAACGCCACGCUGCCUUCAUCUAGUGCCUGGUCCUUCAGUGCCUCUGGCUAUACUAGCUCUUUCAGCAGCUCUACAUCUGCACCUAAUACUGCAGCUAAACUGACAGAUAAAUCCACUUGGUCAUCUGGACCCAUUGCUCAAACUCAACCAUCUCUAUCGCAUGAAUUAUGGAAAGUGCCGCUAGGAUCCAAAAACACUAGGCCACCACCAGGCCUGACAAACACCAAGCCAUCACCAUCCUGGGGUGUCAGUUCACUCGGACUUGUCUCAAGCUGGCCAAGCUCUUAUUCCUCCAAUUCUGCUUGGAGUACUGACAGCUCUGGAAGAAACAAUAGCUGGCUGGUUCUCCGAAACCUCACACCCCAGAUCGAUGGUUCGACUUUGCGGACUUUAUGCAUGCAACAUGGUCCAUUAAUAACAUUCCAUCUGAACCUGACCCAAGGAAAUGCUGUGGUUCGCUACAGUUCCAAGGAAGAAGCAGCUAAGGCCCAGAAAUCUCUGCACAUGUGCGUUCUGGGAAACACUACCAUCCUCGCUGAAUUUGCUAGUGACGAGGAAGUUAACCGUUUCUUUGCACAAGGUCAAACACUGACACAGACCUCGAGCUGGCAGUCUAACACAGGAACCAAUCAGAGCCGACUUGGGUCAAGCACCAACUCUCACGGAUUGGUCCGCAAUGAUCUGGGUCACUGGAAUACUACAAGCCUGAGUGGGAAAGGAGCAAAUGACCUUCUAUGGAGUGGUGUCCCCCAAUACUCCAGCAGCCUCUGGGGGCCUCCAAACAGUGAUGAUACCAGAGUAAUUGGCAGCCCUACGCCUAUAAACACCUUGCUCCCUGGUGACCUUCUCAGUGGAGAAUCCAUGUAGGGAAAACUGACUAUCUUGUGGAGCUAACAAUCAGCACUAAACAACCCAAUUUUGGGCAUCAUAUUGACCCUUGAUC